AUGUAUCUAAAUGAACGUGUAGGCAAUUUACUCUUCAUUACACAAGAUCCUGUAGUUACUUCACGUGUAAAAUCUCAAAUGAAGUCAAUUAUUCGUCAAACUUGGUCUAAUCCACCACAACAUGGUGCACGAAUUGUUGCUACAAUAUUAAAUAAUCCUUCACUAUUCACUGAAUGGAAAUCCUGUGUAGUCACUAUGGCUGAACGUGUUCGUCAAAUGAGACAAGGACUUUAUGAAGGAUUGAAGAGCUUAGGAACACCUGGAAAUUGGGAGCAUAUUAUUAAACAGAUCGGCAUGUUUUCUUUUACUGGUUUAUCACGAUCACAAGUUCAAUAUCUUCGAUCAAAACAUCAUUUAUAUGUGAUGAAUGAUGGUCGUAUUAAUAUGUGCGCGUUAACCACAGAAAAUAUUGAACGUAUUUCUAAAGCUAUCCAUGAUGCUGUUUGUAAUAUCAAAGAAUAAUGCGGGAUGACUUCAUGCUACUCAUGACACAUAAUAUAAUGAUUACAGACAGUUUUCAACAUAUA